AUGAAAAAAGAUAAUUAAUAAAAAUAAAGAAUAGAUAAGCAAGAGAACUAAAGGGUAGAAAAGCAACUUAACUGGUGGUGUAAAUACACAAACUGUGGCAAAAAGUACUCAUUAGAGAGUUCUUUAUUUAACCACAUACGUAUAAAGCAUCCAGAAUGUUAAAGAAAAAGUUUGGUUUUCAACAAACUCGAGAGAGAACCUGGAAGGCCAAUGACAAAAAAACAAAGCUCAAAAAUAGAUAAUAAUGAAGAGCUUAUGAUUGAAAAUAGCUCUAAAGCUGAGAUUAUUCUUGGGUUUUAUAAAAACAAAUUGUGGUAACUAUUUUGCUUGGAGUUUAAAAAUGACUUUGGAGAAGAUACAUCUAAUAUUGAAUGUGGUAUAGGCUUAUAUGAGCAGAUUAAAAACUUUGUAAAUGAUUUAGAAGCCUAUUAUUUAGAUAUAUCAUAUCCUUAAACCUAAAAAGAAAAGGAUGAUUUCUUUUAGUAACUGAAUAUGUUUAGCUACAACUUAAAAGAGGAUGUAAGAUUUAAAAUUUGUAAGGCUAUUGUAUUAUUUUACCUAAUGAAUACGUCUAAGGAAUCCUAAUAUUAAAUAGGAUUUAUUGAUCAUCUGAAACAAAUUGAUUAAGAAAUAUUGAACAAAGUCUGUAAAGUUUUUUGCAAUAUCAACGACUCUAAGUACGGUAGCUGUAAAUUUUAAGGAUUCAUUUUAGAAAACUAAUAAAAUCUCUAUUGA